CCCUAAUUCUCUCUCUCUCCUCCGCGAGAGUUAUUUUUCUUUCGCACGCCACAGAACAGAACUUUCCCCGACCUCGACUGUCCCGUUCGUCGGAAGAAUCCCGCGUAAUCUCCGGUCACCUUUGCACUGCGCAACCCCCGAAUUCCUCCACCGUCAAUCAGCUCUCUGAGACUACCGGAUACGGACAGGAUGAGGAACCUUAUGGCCAGAGGACAAAUCUCGAAAAACAGUUGCCAAACUCAAGUGUGUACAUCCUUUGCUGUAACUGAUGUGUAUCCUACAUGGUAAAAUGUUAUAGUUCGAGUCCAAUGCCUUGUUUAUGUUGAUGCUUGAGCUGUCUGUGAGGAGUGAGGACAUUGAUAAAUUGCAUGUUGUUUCAUCUUGUGCAUAAUGUAGUCAAUCCGAAACUUUGAGCCGUUACCUUGGGAUGUUUGCGUGGCUGCUUACACCAUUGGUUAAUGUAACAAACUCUAUGUAAUGUGGUUUGUGUAAAUGAGUAUACAAUGUGGGAACAACUAAUAAAACACACCAGUUUAGUGAAGCUUUGUAACCAUCUUGGAUGCAUGGGACUUGUGUGUAUUAUUAGUGUCUGAAAGGAGUUUAAGGAUUUGGUUUGAGAAAUCACUUCUGGUGUGGAGGAGCUCAGGCUGCUCAUCUAGGUUUCAUUGCGUGAGAACACCAUAGCAAUCAGUGGGAGGGGUAAUUGUAUUGUUAUUGAUCUCUUACAAUGGAUACUGUACUUCCUAAUAUCAGUUCGUAUGAGCCUUGAGCCCUUGGCCGAAUGGGGUGUUGGUUAAUCUUAUUAUAUUCUUUAGGUCUCACCAUAUUUGAUUGGAUCUUGCUUCUGUUUUGUCUCCUCCAGCCUUCCCGUAUCAUACUGAGGAUCAUCUGCUUUUGGAGUUUACAAUUCUUGGAAUAGCGUCCUUCUGCAUGCAGCCUGGGAAGAUCCUGUUAUUUACAUAGAUCAAAUAGCUGCUUCUGGUUUUGGGCUCAUGGCUGACCUUGCUCUAACAGUUAUAGAAUCUGAUAUGGCGUUGUCCUAUAACCCGCUAGUCAUUGGUCAACAAUUCGCUGAUGUAGAAACUUGUAGAAGGACGUUGAAAGACAUUGCUAUUGCCAUGCACUUCGACCUCAGAAUAGUAAAGUCUGACCGUAGCCGGUUCAUCGCAAAGUGCUCCAAAGAAGGCUGCCCAUGGCGUGUUCAUGUUGCGAAAUGCCCUGGUGUGCCAACCUUCUCCAUCAGGACAUUACAGGGAGAGCACACAUGUGAAGGUGUCCAAGACCAUCACCAUCAGCAAGCCUCGGUAGGCUGGGUGGCUAGAUCAGUUGAAGAACGAAUUCGAGAUAAUCCUCAGUACAAACCGAAAGAAAUCCUCCAAGAAAUCAGGGACAAGCAUGGGGUUGUGGUAUCUUACAUGCAAGCAUGGCGUGGGAAAGAACGCACCAUGGCUGCCCUCCAUGGUACUUUUGAAGAUGGAUUCCGCCUCCUUCCUUCAUACUGUGAACAGAUAAGGAAGACCAACCCAGGUAGCAUUGCUUCUGUUAUUGCAACCGGACAAGAAAACUGCUUCCAAAGGCUGUUCGUCUCUUAUCGAGCCUGUAUCUAUGGAUUCAUCAAUGCUUGUAGGCCUCUCUUGGAACUUGAUAAAGCCAAUCUGAAGGGGAAGUACCUCGGCACUCUUCUCUGUGCUGCUGCUGUCGAUGCUGACGAUGCGUUAUUCCCCUUGGCAAUUGCUGUUGUUGACACUGAAACCGAUGAAAACUGGAUGUGGUUCAUGUCAGAGCUCCGGAAGCUUCUUGGUGUCAACACUGAAAACAUGCCUCGACUCACAAUACUGUCCGAGAGGCAAAAGGGGAUGGUGGAGGCAGUUGAGACACACUUCCCUAGUGCAUUCCAUGGCUUCUGCCUUCGCCAUGUCAGCGAGAACUUCCGAGACACGUUUAAAAACACAAAGCUCGUCAACAUUUUCUGGAGUGCAGUUUAUGCCCUUACAAUAGCUGAGUUUGAAAGCAAGAUCUCUGAGAUGGUGGAGAUUUCUCAGGAAGUUGGACCCUGGUUUCAGCAGUUCCCACCUCAGCUAUGGGCUAUAGCAUACUUUGAAGGGAUGCGAUAUGGUCAUUUUGCACUUGGGGUGACCGAGUUGUUGUACAAUUGGGCUCUCGAGUGUCAUGAAGUCCCGAUUGUGCAAAUGAUGGAGCAUAUUCGCGAGCAGCUGAAUUUGUGGUUUGACUCUCGUCGUGAUUUGGCCAUGAGUUAUAACUCGGUCCUUGUUCCUUCUGCCGAGAAGAAGAUGGCAGAGGCCAUUGCCGAUGCUCGGUGUUAUCAGGUGCUCCGUGCUAAUGAAGUGGAGUUUGAGAUUGUGUCGACCGAGAGGACUAAUAUAGUCGAUAUCAGGACUCGGGUGUGCUCGUGUCGGCGUUGGCAGAUAUAUGGAUUGCCUUGUGCACAUGCUUCAGCUGCUUUGCUUUCCUGUGGGCAAAAUGCGCAUGUAUUUGCAGAGCCAUGCUUUACUGUAGCUAGUUACCGAGAGACCUACUCGCAGGCAAUAAUCCCAGUUCCUGAUAAGAGCAUGUGGAGCGAAGUACCAGGUGAGGGAACUGAAGGCGGGGGUGCGAAAGUCGAGAUCUUGAUACGCCCUCCUAAGACUCGACGACCACCUGGAAGGCCUAAGAAGAAGGCCCUUCGUGUAGAGAACUUUAAGCGGCCGAAAAGAGUUGUUCAGUGUGGUCGGUGUCAUUUGUUAGGACAUUCUCAAAAGAAAUGCGCAAUGCCGAUUUGAAUUCAAGAGUUAUAUAGCUUCUUCUAGACUUUGCUUUUCUUUUUUAGCGUCACAAAGUCCUAACAGAAUCUAUGUUUGUAACUCUACUGUAUGUUUUCAUUAGUCAUUGUUUGGAAUAGUUUCAGUCUAAUCCUUAUGAUGUAUAGUUCAUUUAUCUACCUUUGUGCUAUCAAGCUUCGCCAUCUCUUAGUUAAAUGCAGCAGCUGCAGGAAGUGCCCUCGUUGCUCUCCUAGCGGUAGAAGGAGCAAAGAAUGGCACGUAAAUAAUCGCCUACUUUCCAUGGGUGUCCUCGAUGACUAAGAGAAAACCUGCAGCACCUUCUUGCUAGAUAGUUACAAGAAAGUUGGCUAUGGGACAGAAUGUUGAGAAAUGAAGAAAGGGAGAAAAGAUUGCAGCUUUCCAUUUAUGAAGGAAACCACCAGGGUGCCAACCAGCUGGUUUGGUCCACCAAAAUAAUGGCCGGACGCCCCAACGGCCGACGACCACUCCGACGUGCCGUUCCGGUUGCUGGUACGGCUCAACGCCCCGCCCACCACCGCUCCCCCAACGACAGGCCGGCUGCUGCUCCGGCCGCCGCCGCUGCGCCCUCCUUUGGCCUCCGACAAAGUCGACAUGAAGCAGAGAACUGCCACGGCGACGACCACGACGGUCAUUAGAGUUGCCGAGGAACUGGACUUGAUCAUCUCAGCUAAGCUGGUUGGUUAUUGAAAUUGAACGAAAGAAUGGAACUAUAUAUGGAACACUUGGUGACAGAGAUCGAAGAAGCUCUUUGGAUUAGAAGAGGAAAGAAGUAGUGUGGAUGGAUGGAUUGGGUGAAGGAAAUGACGAAAUGAUUGAAUAUAUAGUUUGCGAGGAUUGCCC